UAAUAGAGGGUCAGGUUCUAAUCUCAUCUUUGGUUUUAGAUUUUAUUUCCUAGUUACCUUCUUUUUCCAAUUUUCCCCAACCUCAACACAAUUAAUUAUUAAAAUUUACACCUUUUUUCGAACAUUUUCUUCUCUCAUUGAUUAUCCCCUUUUUUACCUUAAAAAUAAAAAAAUACUUUCUGCCAUUCGCGUGUGGGAAUAAAUAAGCCUCUGUCCAACUUUUUUUUUAAAGUUGUACUCUCACUAAUUUAGUUAUGCGUGAGGCAGGCUUAAGAGCCUUCCUUUUUUUAUUUACUUCUUCAUUAAAGUGUAAAAGCUGCUUUUAUUAUGUUUAUUUUUUAACAUAUUUUUCUUUUUAAUUUUUUAAGUAAAUGAAAAUAAAUGUAAAUUAUGAGCACACUAAAUAAUUGUAAUUUUUCACAAAAUUCGUUGACCUCUACAACACCUAAAAGAAGACCACCUUUGGCGUUGCUUAAAAGAGGAACAAGUAUAGCUCCCUCUCCAGAACUCAAUUCAGCAUCUUCAAGUCGCGAAAAUGCGUUCUCGUUUCAUCAAAAUCCAAGAACUUGUAUUCUUUUUGCGAAAAAUAAUAUUUCUGUGUAUUUUGGAGGAAGAGAGCAACAAGGUUAUCUUACACUUCAACAAGACAUUAAUGGAAUUCUAACGCUUAAAUGGGCACCGAAUGCUUUACUUCAUUCUGACACAAACCAACACAACACUUUUACAUCGAAAACUUGUUUUGAACUCAAUUCUUAUAGUCAUCAAACUCCUUUUUCGAUAAGAAUGGAGACGAUUACACACAUUCAUUUACAUCAAAAAAAAGAAUCAAUUUCCUUCUAUGUUGUUGUUUUGGUUGAUUCUGAUGGGGUUGAACAAAUAUCAUUUCGUUUUGGACACAAACGACAAUGCCUAACUUUUCUGUUUGCUGUGGAAAAUGGGCUGGCGCCGCUUUUUCGUAUUCAGCCUCCGUUGGAGACGAUUAAAGGAAUUGAAGAUGAAUCUUCAACAAAUAUCAAAAAUACAACAGAAGAUAAAUCCAAUUGCAAGGAAACUAGUGUUGGUCUAAUUUUCAGUAUCGUUUCUUUUGCUUCUACAAUAGGUCCAGCAAUUGUUGUUCCGUCGUUUAAUUUGACUAAAGCACCUUUUAAAAUGAUGAGUGAGAGAUCUACAAGUAGAGAAAAUUCAAAAGAUGAUGAUGGGCAGGCUGUUAGAUCAUCUUUGGUUAACGCAACAAAAGCAAUGAAAACACAAAUUUUAAGUCGAGCAUUUAAUGGUUGGUUAUCUUAUUGUCGACAUAUGAGAAUAAUUUCAACUCGUUUGGCAAAUAUUGUAUAUGAAAUUGAAAGUUGUGGAAAUGAAGGAGAAGAAAAUGGAAUUGACGGGGAAUUAAUGCCUGUAACUGAAACAUUUUGGAAAUUGUGUAGAAUGGAGAAAUCGAUUCCUCUUUACAAACAAUUUUUGACUCGUGUCUAUUUUUGUGGAAUAGAAAAUGAUUUUCUUCGUGCUCAAUCUUGGCCUUAUUUAUUAAGAAUUGUUGAAUGGCAUGAAGAUUUGGAUAAAAAUAAAAUUGAUUUUUUGAAAAAAGAAUAUGAAAAGGAUUCCAAUGAAUGGAUGGAAAUUGAAAAGAAUUUUCUUUCAAAUUCUUUACAAAAAAAUGAAUAUUCUCGUCAAAAUUCAGAAAUUAUAACAACAACUACAACAGAAUUUUCAAUUCAAAAAGAUUAUUUUCCUUCUUCAACACGUUCAGAAUCAACAAAUUCUGAUGUUUUUGAAGAUUUGGAUGUUGUUGAUUUUGAUGAAAAUGAAUUGACUAAUUCAGAAAAUGUUUGUUUUGUAAAUUUUAUUUUUAAAUUUUUUUUUCAGUUAUUAGCUAAAGAAUUAAUGGCAAAUUUAAUACGUGUUCAAAAGGACGUUGAUCGUUGUGAUAGAAUUACUCGUUUUUAUUCAAAAAUGGAAAAUUUAAUUAUUUUACGUAAAAUAAUGGUUACUUACAUUUAUCGACGUUUAAAAAUUGAUAUAAACGAUGGGUAUGUUCAAGGAAUGUGCGAUGUUUUGGCCCCUUUAUUAGCUUUAUUUGUUGAUGAAUCGUUAACUCUUGCUUGUUUUGAACGUUUAAUGUUGAGAAGAAUGGCUAAAAAUUUUCCUCAAUGCAAACAUAAUAAUGAAAUGGAUGAAAAUUUGAAUCAUUUUCGUUAUUUAGUAGAAGUAAUGGAUCCAGAAUUGUAUUCUCAAUUAAUGCGAAAUGUUGAUUAUUCUUUUGUUGUUUUUUAUCGUUGGCUUUUACUCGAUUUUAAGAGAGGUUUUUUUAAUUUUAAGAGAAAAUGGAAAGAAAUUCUUUUUUUAGAAUUACAAUAUUCUGAUGUUUUUCAACUUUGGGAAGUUAUUUGGUCUGCAGAAGUUCUUUGUUCUCGCCAUUUUGGUCUAUUUUUUGGUUUGGCUUUGUUAACACAAUACAGGGAAAUUUUAAUUGAAAAUGAUAUGGAUUUUACUGAUGUUAUAAAAUUUUUCAAUGAGAUGGCUGAGAAACACAAUGUCCAAGAACUUUUAAUCAUAUCCCGUGAAAAAUUAAGAUCAUUCCAAGAAAUUAUACGAGAUCUCAACAAAUCUAAUGAAACUACUUAA